GACAUGGCGGGCGAUACUCAUACUCGGCCUUGGAGGACGAGGGCGCCGGAGAGCGGCUGGAGAUGGAGAGGAAGGCGGCGAGAGGCGCCACCCGGGACACCACCGCCCUGGCCGCCCGCAGCUACCUCAGAGGUCACCAGCGCUACGCCCUCCUCGAGCACCUCCGAGAUAUUGGGUCGAGGAUCGACAAGAACUGGUUCAUGAUCCGUGACUCCUCUGUGAAGACGGAUCGACUUAUGACCCUCCAGCCCUUUGACGACCAGUGCCCCUUCCCAGUCACUCAAGGCACCCGCGAGGCACUCGUUGAACUCUUCCAGGCGCUCCACCACCCCUACAUCUACCCGGUGCUGGACGUGGACUUCGCCAACAUCUCCUCCUGCACCUACGUCAUCACUGUCAUCCCCCACAACAACAAGGGCACGCUCAAGGACCUAAUCUACAGGAGUCACUGGCAGGACGACUGGAGCGAGAAGUACCAGCAGCGGUCGGCAGGUCUGCCAGUAGGUCAGGUACAGCGGCUGGGGCGGCAGGUGCUGGAGGCGCUCCUCUUCCUUCAGGACCGAGGUUUUCCUCCCUGCGGACACCUCCAUUCCGGCAACGUCGUCCUCCAAAACGGCGUCGCCAGACUGUCGGGGGUGGAGAACACCUUGCUGGGGCUCACCUCCAGGAUCUACCCCAUCAUCAAACGCCGCCUCAGAGACAACAGAGACGCUAUCGACUCCGUGUGCUUCGGUCACGUAAUUUUCGAGAUGUGUGCAGGGUACGAGCUCUCUUCCGCCCACCCAACACCAAAACACCUGGAGGAUAUCGCUAAUUACCCACAGGUGGUGCAGGUGUUGGAGUACAUUUUUGGUAAUGGUGACCAGUACCCAAGUGUUGAAGAAAUCCUCUGCCUGGAUUUCUUUAGGAACCUAGACUUGAGAGAGAUGCGAGCUGCACCUCUACCGUCACAGUUCCAGAUACGGUACUCUCCAAUGAUAAGAAGCAUUCUUAAAGAGGUUAGAAGAUUUCAGAAGCAAAGAAGACGUGGGAGACGUGGGGGAGGCACAGCCUCGGGCGGUGAGGGAGGAGGCGAUACACCAACAAGCAGUGAGGCAUCAGCAAGUGGGGCAGGGGGUGGCGAUGACAGCAUGCCUCCAACCUCUGCUUACAAUACUCCAACUGCCUCUUUAGCUGCUCUUUCAUCACCUACCUCUGAUGUUACUCCUUCUCCAGAGCACCCUACACAUCGCCUCUUGGAGGUUUCCUCGCCACAGCGGCAGCACCCCAGCACCUGCCAGGAUGUAUUCCACACACCACCACAUACGCCGCCCACCCCUCAAAAUCACCCAAUUAGAGCCAACCACAUCAGCCAGGCCCACAACGACCGCCCUCUUACAACGACGCGUUAUCCGCCCAGAGAUUCACGCAGCACUCAUUGGUCAAAUUCUUCCCAUUUGACCCAGAACGGUCAUGCUGGGAGGCGAGGAGAGCCAUGGACGUGACCCAGCCGCAGUCAGGAUGUGUCCAUUUUCCUUCACUCAAUUUUUGUACCCAUACCAUGGCUCCCUUUCCAGUAGUUACAUCUCGGCACAUUUUGCUUAGCUCUUUUUGACUGUGGGUAUAGUGAAACAAGAUGAGAGCAUUUUAUUAAUUUUCCAGGGCAUCCGCUAGGAGCCGGACAUCACUCACCAUUUCUUCGCUCACCAGCAGUUACAGGCGGGGAGUGAUCAUUGACAUGACGAGUUAGUAAUGACCGUUCUUAGAGGCUGUGUUAACCAAACAGCAGAAAAUCAAAUAAUUUUUUUUUUUUUAGUUAAAACUUGGAACAUGUUGAGUAGUAUUCUGCUCUGGAAGUGAUUGUACAGAAUAAAAAAUAAAGACCCUUUAUGGGAGAAUCCAUAAAUAAAGAUAAUUAUUUUGAUGACCAAAGACAAGAACUGCUUGUGUUGCGAAGCAGCUUGCUGCCUUGUUGUUGAAUACAUUGUCACAGCAAAAACUUUGUGCAAUUGCUGCCUCAUUGUGUGAGUGCAGCAGAUUACCAUAUGGAGUGCUGUGCAGUACCUAUUACAUUUUUUUGUUCUUGGCUACAUUAUGAGUGCUGCUCCAAUGCUGCCAGGUGUUGGUCCUGCGAGGCACAACAACAUUUGUGUCAAACUUUGAAUACUAUUUCAGUUUUUUGUCAUAUUUCUAUAUCAAACUCUUUAUCACAUAAUUGCAAUAAUAAUUUAUACUUAUGUUUAUAUAUUGUCUUUUAAACAGCACUGUGUGAUGAGCCAGACUUUUACAUGCUGAAGUCUACAGUGUUUUUCUUGUAUUGCAGAGCAAUGUAUUUUAUAAUUUCUUAAUACCAUAUUCACCACAAGACUUAGCUAAAGCUAUAUUUUCUUGCUUGUUACAAUAGUCAUAUGACCUUAUGUUAUUUUGAGAAAUAUAUAAAAAAAAAAUAAAAAAUAGGUAUCCAUUUAAAUUUUAAGUUUCUACUCAUGGUUCACAAAUAAAGUACUUUCAGGACAAAAAAUCUAAAUAAAAUUAUGCAGAAUAAUCGUAGAAUAUUUUGAUAUUGAGAAAAUAAAUUAUGUUUUAUCAAGAGUUGUAAAAGGAGAACAAAGUGAUUAAUUUCUCCCCUAAAAUGUAAUGCAAGCCACCAAUGGAAGAUUGUCAGGCCAUUAUUUUUAUAUAGGUCUGACACAAGAUGGGGAAUUUUUCUUCUUGUUGCAGUUGUAGGUUAACUCAUGUCUAAUUUUAAUUAUCAUAUUACUGUACUAUGAAGAACAGCCCUUAAAACUCAAGAAGCAUGAAGAUGAAUAUUGUGAUUACAUAUAUCCAUGGUGAUUGUCAAUACAUUUGGGAAGAAUUACAUAUUUGCACAAAUAUACAAGAGUGAUUAGAAACGUGUCAAUGUGUGUCCUGCAGAUUCGGGGAAAUAAGUCAAGACUGGCUCGAUACCACUUGGCAAACCAAUGUCAUUGCGGUUAUCCUGAUGCUAGAUGGGGGAUGAAAGUGUUGAGCCAAGAAAAAUUCAGGAUGAAAAGAAGCAUUAGAGAAUCUUUCUUAAGGACUGGGAAGUGGAAGGAUCCCACCCUCAGUGAGGGAGUCUCGGAAAGCAUUGCUCCGUCUAACAAGUUACUGAUAACAAUGAGAAAGGGGGAGUAGAUGGCUGGGCAGGAAACCAAGACACCCAAAGGAAAAGAGGAGACCAAACACAAGACAGGUCCUGGGUAUCUUGGGAUUUGGCGUGCCAGAAAGCACACAGAUCUUUGCUAUUCUGCUGUCAUUGGAGUUACAACAAUGUCCAUGACUUGCUACGAUAUUAAGUUUGAGAUCUCAUGGGAUGGUUUAUAAUACAGUAAAGAUAUCUUUAAAUAAAUGAUGAGGAUAUAUUCAAGUGCAUGAGAAUGGAUAAAAUAAUGGUUAAGCUUUAGGUACAGUAUACUUCACUUGCAUCAGCUAUGAUAAAAGUUCUACUAGCAGAAACUAAUGAUUUGCUUUUAUCCAUAGCAACUGAAGAAAUGGUUGUAUAAGCAAAACCAAAGUAUUUUUAAUUGGGAAACAAGAAAAGGGUGCUUCCAUUGGAGAGUUAUUAUGAUAGAAAUUUAAAAUCUGGUCCCUCCAUUUAGAUGUUUAUUUUUACCAGAAACAGCCAAGAAUACAUAUUUAAUUUGCAAUUCUGUUGCAGUAGAUGAAAAUUACACAUUCACGGUGUGUAACAUCCAAUCUGUGGCAUCGAAAGACCAUGAUUUUAUAGUUGCACAUUAAGACCAUAUUCUGUUUAUAGCAUAUGACAACUUUUGGCUGUAACAGAUAAAAUAUACAGACAAGGAGGCACAAUAAUGUGGCAGAAAUAUGUUGACCAAACCACACACUAGAAAGUGAAGGGCCAACGAC